UGUUAUGUUUCCCAUUUUAGUACUUAAAGCAUCCAUAUAGAACCCAAGUAUCCAGAAUUCAAUUUUUCUCCGACAUUUUUCCACCAUCUCCUCUAUUCAAAGGUUUUUCUUUUUUCUUUUCUUUUUCCUCCAAUGGCUGAAGAAAAGAGCCAGGAAAAAUGGGAGGGAAAAGUCUCAGCUCAGUUAAAAGGCUCAAAAGCACGGGAUGUUUGGCCUUUUUAUGCGGAUUUUCUCAACCUACACAAGUGGCUCCCAUCGGUCGACACGUGUCACCUAUUGGACGGCCCGGUAACCGGCCUUCAGCCGGGUGUGCUCCGGUACGCCGCGUCCACGGUAACAUCGCCCUCCGGCGAGGCGACUGUCAAGUGGGCCAAAGAGAAGCUGCUAGAGCUCGACCCAAUCCAACGGCGUCUGAAGUACGAGGUGCUUGAAAACAACGUGGGAUUCAAGUCUUGGGUGGCGACCAUGCAAGUAUUGCCAAUCGACGGUGAUGAAGAAGGCGGGAGCGAGAUCACGUGGUCGUUUAGUGGAGAUCCGGUUGAGGGUUUGAGUUAUGAGAUGAUGUUGGCGUAUUAUGAUUCUAAUGUCCAAUCCGUUGCUAAGACAAUAGAAGAUUCUUUGAGCCAUCAGGCUCAGGUUAAUUAGUUGGGGCAGCUGAAAAACGUCUUUUUUUUUUUUUUGUGGGGGGGAAGCUGAAAAACCUUUUUGAGUCUUGUAUUCUACAAAUAUAUGCAUGGAUCUGUUGUUGUGUUUGGCAUUAAUCUGUUGUCGUUUGUUCAUUUUUAUUUUUGCUUCAAGUAAUUAAAGGUUAAUUGGUUCGUUUUGUUGUUAUCUUUGGGGUCAUUAGAUUUUCUUCUUUCUUUAAUUUGCAAAAUAUGUGUAGUAUGAUUUG